AUGGAAGUUGUAGAACACAUUGAAUAUUUAGAACAUGAACGUCCUCAUUUUACUUUAAAUGAAUUUGCUGUCAUUGCUGAAUAUAUUCAUGACUUAUCUACAAUUACUCAAUUUGUUUUUAUUUCUAAAAAUUGUAAAGAAACAUUUGAUACUUUAUCAACAACCUUACUACCUUUUAUAUCUCCAUUUACUAUGACACCAAUUGAAUUAACUGUUACUAGAACUCUUUCUUUAUUAAAGGUAUUAAAAUAUUUUCCUCAGGCAAAUUGUAUUCAAUGUGAUACUGACACUGUUCGUAUUUUGCCAGAGAAUGUUUUUACUCAUUACUCUUUUAUUGAAAUUAAAGAAAAUGAAGAACCUUUAAAUAUUAAAGAACAUUUUGCUUUAAUCAAAUCAAUCGCUUCAAAACUUGUUUCUUUAUCAAUUAAAAUUGAUGAAGAAGCGUUUGACUUUCCUCCAGAGAUUCAUUUUUCUGAAAUGAUUUCAUUAAAAUAUCUUUCUAUUACAUUCACUCAAAAUGAAACGUUUGAUUAUGCCCCUAAAUCUAAAGUUCAUUUUCAACGAUUUUCAAGACUACAAGAAUUAAAAUUACUUCCUCGUCUUCAAUUACUCUCAGUAAAUUGUGAACAAUCAACAGCAAUUUUACUUGCCCCAAUCUUUAGAGAACUUCAAUGUAUAGUCAAUGUAAUUUUAUUAUAUUCAGAGGAUAAUGUAGAUAUUGUAAAAGAAGUAAUGUCAAGUAAUGUUAUUGUUUGUUGUGAGUAUGAUUCAACAAUGACUGAAUAUACACGUCUUCAAACAACCAUCUUACAACAUGAAGGAUUAUCUGUUAAAGUAGAAACUGUUGGUUCAAUGAAUUUAUUUGAAGAACUUAUGGAAAAUACAUUAGCCUCCAAUAUUGUAAUAUAUGAAAGAGUUCCAAAGUGGAUGACUGGUAUUGAUUUAACAACAUAUACCCAUAUUCAAAAUUUACAAAUAGAAGGUAAAGCACAAAAUAUUGAGAUAAAUAUACCAACUUCAGUUACUUCUUUAAAAAUGAAUACUAUAGGUUAUUCUAUUUCCAAUAUUGAUGAUAUUCCUUUAAAAGAACUUAAACUAGAAAAUUGUGAUUUAAAUCCAAUCUUAUUCUCUAAUAAAAAUCUUAAAAACAUAGAAAUAAAGUCUUGUGCUAUUCAUACAACAUUCGUUUGUCCUAGUUCUGUUUCUCAUUUUUCUUUAAGCGACUCAGAACUUCAAGUUCAAUUAAAUGAUGGUUUGGAAAUUGUUGAAUUAGGAACUUCAAAUCGUACGUCUACAUUACAACUUCCUAAGUCAGUUCAAAUUUUAUCAACAGAAAUAAGUGUUUCAAUGCUUUCUUUACCAAAUCUUCAAAGACUAGACAUAUCAAAAUUACCAAUUAACAUUGAUUUGUUUCCAACAACUUUAACCUCAUUAAGAAUUUUAAUGGGAAGUUCUAAAAAACAAAUGGAUAUGACUAAGUUUAGAAAACUUGAGAAGUUAAGUAUUAUUGUUUGUGAGAAAGUUCGUAGGAUUGUUCUCCCUCAUCAAUUACGCUUUCUUAUGGUAUAUGGAUGUAAAGAUAUAGUAGCCCUUGACAAUCUUAAAAAUGGUAAUUUGGAAGAGCUUUGUGUUACUGAGUGUAAUAACUUACAAAUGAAAAUCCCUCAAUCAAUCAAGAGAUGUUUUGUUGAUAUACCUUCUGUUACAAGUGUGAAGUUUUAA